GCCCCACGGGGGCUGCUUGUCAAUCAGUGCCUUGUUUUCAGAUUCCAGCCUUGCUUUCCCCCUCCCUACCUCCGCUCUCUCAUGAAGCCUCCGAGAUACCUGGCUCCCCCAGCUGUGGUUGUUCAUCAACCCCCCAACCCUCACCCCCCACCCCCACCUGUCGCUCCAGUCUCCGUGGCUCCGUUCUACAGUGGGUCACCGAGCGACCGUCAGCCACCGUGCGCAGGUUCUCCUCUCCGGUACGCCGACCUCAGAGAGGCUGGUGGGCGGGUCGCUCUCUACAUAAGCAGGAGUGACGAGUGUGAUUGAACACUCUCUGCCGAGUCCCUGUCCCCCCAAGGCGGGCAGCUACCUCUCGCCCUCCAGUCACUGAGGGAACCAGAGGCGCGGAGCACAGGCAGGCUCCCAACGUGGGCAGGCAGCCGGGUUAGACUUGGAACGCGGGGGCAGAGUUUACACUGAAUCCCGGCAACAGGAGCCGGGGAUCCGGACCAGUGUGCCCGGGGUUGGAAGCCCGCCGCCCGCGAUGGCCCCCGCCGUCUGGCGGCUGCUGCUGCCGUGCCUGCUGUACCAGGGACUGGACGCCGCUGUCCGUCGGCCCCGCCGGGAGCUGAGCCCCGGACUGCACGGCGCCGGGCUCCGGGAUCCACGGGGUACGUACUGCCGCCGCCUGAGCUCCUGCUGCCCCGGCAGAGACGACGCCUGCACCGUGCCCUACAUCGACACCAUCUGCUACUGCGACCUGUUCUGUAACCGGACCGUGUCCGACUGCUGCCCCGACUUCUGGCAGUUCUGCCUCGGCACUCGGCCCCCCUUCCACAGCACGGACGGGUGUAUAAGAAAUGGGUUGUAUUAUCCCACCGGUGCCACCUACAGAGAGAACUGCAAUCUGUGCACCUGCAGCAAUGGGCACUGGGACUGUGAGCAGCACGCUUGUCUCAUCAACGAGGAGAUGAUCCGUAACAUCAACCACGGAGACUAUGGAUGGAAAGCUUCGAAUUACAGCCAGUUCUGGGGAUUGACUCUGGACGAAGGAAUCCAGUACCGGCUGGGUACCAGGCGGCCUUCGAGCACCGUGUUGAACAUGAACGAACUGAAUGUGCAAAUGGACAACAAUGACAUCCUGCCCAAGUAUUUCAAUGCAGCUGAUAAGUGGCCUGGAAUGAUCCACCAACCCAUGGACCAAGGCAACUGUGCUGCAUCAUGGGCCUUUUCCACAGCAGCCGUGGCGUCCGACAGAAUUGCCAUCCAGUCCAUGGGUCACGUGACAGCGGCCUUGUCACCCCAGAACCUGAUCUCAUGCAACAGGCGGAAACAGCAGGGCUGUCAUGGUGGGCGGAUGGAUGGUGCCUGGUGGUACCUGAGGCGUCGCGGGGUGGUGUCAGACAGCUGCUACCCGUUCUCUAGCUCGGACAGCCACCAGCUCGGGUUCCAGUGCAUGAUGUCCACUCGGUCUGCCGGACGUGGCAAGAGACAGGCAACGAUGCCCUGCCCCAACCCCUACAGCCACACCAACCAGAUCUAUCAGACCACUCCACCCUACCGCCUCUCCAACAACGAGAUGGAAGUGAUGAAAGAACUGAUGGAGAACGGGCCUGUCCAAGCCCUGAUGGAGGUACACGAAGAUUUCUUUGUGUACAGAAGCGGAGUUUACAGGCACACACCAGUGAUGACAGAGAAACCAGAGAAAUUUCGUAGACAUGGGACGCACUCAGUUAAGAUUACAGGAUGGGGUGAAGAGCAAGGAUACAAUGGACAGAUUCAUCAGUACUGGAUUGCCGCCAACUCCUGGGGGAGGAACUGGGGGGAGAAUGGAUUCUUCAAGAUAGCUCGGGGUGAGAAUGAGUGCGACAUUGAGACCUUCAUCCUCGGCAGCUGGGGUCGGGUAACCAUGGAGGACAUGCAUCGCAAGUGAGAAGCCCAGCAUCCCUGGCUGUGGCCCAAGGGACACUGAAAGAUCUCCAGUUUGGAAAAGACUCCUUCAUCAAGUUAACCCCUUUUCCUCAAUCUGCAACCUUCGGUAUUCAACAAUGAAACAAUUUUAAGUGGAUUGUAAUCAGCAGGUCAUGUCUGUCAGUACGUGUCAGGGCAGAGCUCUUGAAUUACCCAGAAAACGUCACUCCUUAUAAGAGACACUUGUGUGUGGAUGUGCUUCAGGAAAGCCCUCAGAGUAAUGAGCAACAAAAUGUGAACCUCUGGGUGUGGCACUGACCUGGUGUGACAGUGCUGUGGGGAGACAUCACUGUUCAUCCUGGUGACCAGUGCACCUUAGAACGAGAUUGGAAGUGCCUUCAGUCAUUAGUGCCCCGGUAUCCAUGGCGACUGGAAGUAUCACUCAUUCAGACCCUUCUCCCUCCCUGAUUGCUUUGGUUGGACCUGUGAACAGUGGGAGACUCUCCCAGGUGAUUUGGUUUGGGGACGUGACACCGUGCUGGGGAAGUUGUGGUAGCAUUGUGGAAAGUGGGGAAAGGGUGGCUCUGAACUGUUGCUCCUCCAAACAGGAGUCUCACAGCUGCUGGCGGAGGUUCCAGUUCAAAUCUGCAAUUUACGCUUGUGAAUAAUUACCAAUGCUUUUACCAUUUUUAUAUACUCUAUAAAGCCUAAAAUACACUGCAUCUUACACACAUACAUGCAUGAUGAAUUAAUAUUUCUCUAACUCAGGAAAAGCUGUGAUUUUAUAAAUCAGUCAGGGGAACAAGUGCCAAGAGAGCAGGGUAUCAAGGAAUGUGGAGCAAGGCAAGAAGCAUAGGUUUGAGGUGCAAAUCAAGAAUGAUCUAAUGAAAAGGCAGGAUGAGCUGGAGGGUGUGAUGCCCCCUCCUAUUCCUGAGGGGGGUCCUGCACAGCCUGGCUGAUAGCACGCAGGGGCAUCAGCGUCAGACAACAGAGGGGAUUUCAAGAAAGACACGAAGGAUAAGGAACUUUAUUUGGAGAGACUGGAGUGUCCCAGCUCGCUGUACUCAGAGCAGAAGUGGUAUGGGGAGGUGUUGAUAAAGGUGUUCAGCAUUAGGAAGGUUUUCCAAUGUCAGGAGGGUCCUAGAUUUAAGUAAACGGCAAAGCAGGGUAACGAGGAGAGUUUUGCAACUCUCAUGUCUGGGAUGGUGGUGGAAGCAAAUUCAACAAAAACUUUUAAAAGGGAAAUUAGACAAAAUACUCAGAAAGGAAGCACUUACAGGGGACUUGUGCUAACUGGAUGGCACUUUCAACAGCACAGGGGUUCAGCCUGCACCCUCCUGUCCUGUAGGAUGCUGUGACAAGCCGACAUGAUCUGGCACAGAGCGUAAUUCGAAUUCUGGAUUACAGAGGGAGUCGCAUCCAGUGCUGACUAUCCCCAGGCUAUGCCCAGUUUAUCUUGUUCACUGUUGCUUGGUUUCUUGACAAUCAGAUUUAUAUAAUUUUGCCACCUUUGAUAAACCUUGUUCUUGCUGAAACAAAAUAUCUAUUAUAAAUGCCAAAAUAAAAAUGUAGUUGAA